AUGCUGCGCGGCCAGGGCAUGCUGAAGAGCCGCUGCUGCGUCCUGCUCGGUGACCUGAGGGUGCUCCUGCUGGGGCCGGCGGCACCACCACCGCCUGCGCCGCCUGCGCCGCCUGCGUUGACCCCCAUGAGCGGACAGACGGCAGACGGCCGUGAGACGGGCGGGAACGGUUUGUCAGGCGUCACCGUCUCGGACAACAACAACACGUUGGUGCGGGGCCAGCAGCUCGCAGGUGACUGGAGUGCCCCGGCUGCAGGGGGAGCCACUGCGCCGGGUGGAGACCGACAAGUGGCGGGUUGGGUGGAUGCGGCGGAGCUGUCGGCAGCCCUGCGCGGCUGCAGCGGCUCCUCCGAUGACUGCUCAAAGGGCAAGCUGGAGGAGAGGUUCUCCCUCAGCAGCUACACGGAAAGUGGCUUCAGGACGCCUGUGUGCAGGAUCUGUUUCCAGGGGCCAGAGCAUGGGGAGCUCCUGAGCCCGUGUCGCUGCAGUGGGUCGGUGCGCUGCACCCACCAGCCCUGCCUCAUCAAAUGGAUCAGUGAGAGAGGCUCGUGGGCCUGCGAGCUGUGCUACUACAAAUACCAGGUCAUUGCCAUCAGCACUAAGAACCCCCUACAGUGGCAAGCCAUCUCCCUGACAGUGAUAGAGAAAGUGCAAAUCGCAGCAGCCAUCUUGGGCUCCCUGUUCCUGAUGGCUAGCAUCUCCUGGCUGGUGUGGUCCUCCUUCAGCCCCUCAGCUCGCUGGCAGCGCCAGGACCUGCUCUUCCAGAUCUGCUACGGCAUGUAUGGCUUCAUGGACGUCGUCUGUAUCGCGCUGAUUGUACACGAGGGACCUUCAGUGUUUCGCAUCUUCCACCGCUGGCAGGCCGUUAACCAGCAAUGGAAGGUUCUGAACUAUGACAAGUCCAUGGACAGUGAGGACCUGAAGCAUGCCGCCAUAGAAAGGACUCUCUCUCAGCCCAACCAGGGCCACCAUGCUGGGGUGGGAGUAUCCGCUUCCACCUCCUCUCUGAUGGUGGUGGCCUCCACAACCCCGGGCUCCACUGCUACGACCGAGGUGACUGCCACGGGUGGACUAAGCUUGCACGCGGACCCCAACAGUGGCACCACAGUGCCAGACCAACACUGUCCCUACAACAUCCUCCACCUCCUCAGCCACCUGAGGCAGCCGGAGCCCCGCAACCAGCCCAACAAUAGCACACGUGAACUGGUAAUGAGAGUCACCACAGUCUGA